GUUACUAAGAAACUCUUAUUGUCAACAAGACAAAGCAUAUAGAAAUUAUAGAGAUCAUAUUUUCCUACAAUCAUCUGACUCGACAUUUUAAAAGUAUCUGGUAAUUUUUAAAUAUAUUGAAGAUUCUUCACUGCUGAUUGGAAACAAGUCAAUCUAAAAGUACAGAAUGUGUUUAAAGUUUCUUCAAAAGCAGUGGACAAAAUUGAGGGGUCCGUUCAGGCGAAAGCCAAAGAAAUCAGAUGCCUUUGAGACGAACAAUAACACAGAUAAAGUACCAGAAGCAAUGACAUAUAAGCAGAUUGAAUCAAACACCGACAGUGUUUAUGGGAUUACUGAUGCAGGUAAGACGGGGGCAUUUGAAGGUGCAUAUAAAGACAUUGUGGAGGAAUGUGAUUACCACCAAGCUCUCCGUGAACCGCAUGUAAACCUACAUAUCAACAAGUUAGCACAAAGUGACCUAAAUGAAAAUGAUCAAGAAAUCCUCGACGAGUAUCAUAAACGCCAGCGAAUUUUACUAGAGUCGUUUGUUGAAAUACACAAGAUUGUUCGUGGAGUCAUAGAGGACACUGAUUUAUGAGGCGAAGCGGGGUUGAGUGACAAUCCAUUCAUGUUUCCGUCCACGACAUUGGGUAUUCCCCCAAUGCAUUAUUGCGUGCAAUAACAAUAUAAUUAUUUUGUCCGCGUAAAUGUUUAUACUAAAUAUAAUUAAUGUAAAUUUCGUUUCGUAAAUAUGUAAAAUAUGUAAAUAAAUAAAUCAAAUUGGAACUCAUUUUCGUGUUUUACGACUGACCGA